AUUUCAGGAAGUGUGGCUACCAAGUCAACAUUGAUCUUGCUGAAUUGUCUUUGGCCUGCUUGUCUCUUCCUUUGUUGCCAGGUCAAUGGCUCUUGGUGGUGCUUUAAAGGCACUCUACUUGGUUUUACUAGUAGUUUUGUGCUGUGUUUUUGCACAAAAAGAUGUUGGCUUUGCUGUUUCUCCAAGAGACUGCCCCCAUGCUGGCCUUGUUCCUGGCAACUUGAGCCCCUCCCAGAGUCAAGCUAGCUUAGGGAGCUUUAAGCCUGGUCCAGCCCAGCUGUCCCCAAAUGUCUAUGGUUCUGCUCUACAUGGGCUUUCCCCUGAAAGCUCUACCUCUGCUUCAGUCAAACUUGCUUCUAGUAACUCCUGGAUGGUGAACUUGCCAGGCUCUAGCAACUAUAACCCUGUUACUCCUAAGCCUGCCGCAAACAGAUGUGUUUCUGGAAGUUCUGGUUAUCCCCAGCCCUGCUCCGAUACUAUGCAGAGCAUUGGUUCCCUGGGUGGGAUUGGAUCUGCUGAAAAACUGGGUACUCUGCCUGGUUAUGUGUCUAAUCCCACACAGAGUGUGGGCUCCUGGAGUUCUGGUUCUGCUCUAAGCCCAGGAACCCAGACUUCUUAUAAUUCUGUAUCUGCUCAACACCAAGAGCCAUUAAGUUAUGGCUCUCAGACUGCUCAUUCUAUAAAAGGAAUUGGUUCCCAAAUGAUCUCUAGUUCUACCUUGCCAAUUGAUGGUCCUACUCAAUGGCUGGGCUUUCAGGGUGGUUCUAAACAACGCCUAGGUACAGGCCCCCAGCCUAGCUACAGUUCUGGCUUGGACCUUGGUGUUUCCCAGAGUUUGUAUGGUUACCCUCAGCUCAGUGCUACAUCUGACCAGGUGGCUAAUUAUGCAUCCAGUCUGGGAACGGGGUCACUGUUAGCUUCUACCCAGUGGGCGGGCUCUGAAUCCUCAGGUUUUCAGGGUUCUCAUAGCUUUCCUGGUUCUGGACAUUUGCUUGGUGGAGCCUCUAGUGACACCUGCCCCCCUCUUGGGAAUAGGAUAUCGGCUUGGUAGUGCAUCUGUACCUGUCAAAGGCAUAGAAUAUCAGCUUGCUGGUGCCUCUAGGGUUGCAUCUGGGACAGUUGUGGGGGUAGGAUGUCAGCCUGGUGGUACCUCUAAGGUUAUACCUGGGCCUGUUUCUGGAGUAGCGUAUCAGCUUGGUAAUAUGGCUAGGGACAUAGCUGGACCAACAAAAGGGGUAGGGUACCAGCUUGGAGCUGCUUCUGGAUCUGCCCAGGGGGUAGGGUACCAGCUUGGAGGUGCUUCUGGACCUGCCCAGGGAGUAGGGAACCAGCUUGGAGGUGCUUCUGGAUCUGCCCAGGGGGUAGGGUACCAGCUUGGAGGUGCUUCUGGACCUGCCCAGGGAGUAGGGAACCAGCUUGGAGGCGCUUCUGGA